AUGUCAGAAUCAACGACUGGGACCGGGGUCGUCUACCAGGACCUGCACCCCAUCAAUCACCCUGCAGCGCAACAAGAGCUUCGUGGUACGCACACGACAGCAGCCUCUACGACCACUGCGUCGUCGACAAAUGUCACGGAUGCCGCCCAGAACUUGACCGAAGAGCCUACCGCCAGCCACGCCCUUGCCCAGGCUGAUGUCGAUGAGAAGGGUGUCGCACAGCUCGCCCAUGGUGCCGAUGUCAAGGACCUGGGCUGGAACGAACCUCCCUCCAAGAUUCCUGCCCCUCUAGUUGGCGGUAUGGACAAUGAGGAGCUUUGGGUCUUGGUCCGUCGCUUCAACAAGGUGAGUACACAGCAGCUCCUGUCCUGCAGUGGCAUCCCAUCUGACAUGGACAGCNAAAUGUACCACGUCAAGGAGUAUCCCUAUCCCGUGCCCGGCAACCUCGACCUCAACAUUGCCGACGAAGACGAGUUCUCGCCCGACAAGCUUCGCGCCACCAUUGAACGACUGUAUAUGACGGUCGGUCUGGGCUUGAUGGGCUUCAUCAAGCAGAUUGGCCGUCUAAGAUCAUGGCGUGAACGCAACCGCACCGCCUACUUCUGCGCCGCAUACUUUGUCGCCUGGCUAUUCGACAUGCUCAUCCCGCUGUUCACCAUCACCCUCGUCGUCCUGAUCGUCUACCCGCCCUCGCGUGACAUCAUGUUCCCUCCCGCUCCUCUCGCUUUGGUAGACGCAAAAACUGGCGGCGUGCAAAAGCCAAAGGCCGGCGUGCUGGGUAGUACAGAUACAGCAACAGGAGCCCCAGAACAUUACAAGGGCGAGGCUGCCGAAGCAGAGGCCAGCAACUUUGUCAACAGCAUCGCUUCGGUCGCUCUUGCCAGUGCCAGCGGUAAACACCCGCAGACAGAACCACCGCCAGGACAAGCAGGCGUCGCGGAUAGCAUCCCUGAUCCCACAUCGAUCGCUAUCGGUGCCAGCUCUGCAAAGACGUCGGCCGAAGGAAAAGCAGUUGCAUCGACGCACGACAAGACAAAGGUGCCUAUGGAGACCGCCAUGUGGAGCAAGAUGAGGCCUAUCAUGCACGGUCUUUCUGACGUGGCCGAUACCUGGGAGCGUUUUGCCAAUGCUCUCUCUCCAACGCCGCCAUUCNCCCAAGACCUCUACCGCCUGCGCCUGGCUGGUGUCGUCGUUCCACUCGUCGCCGUCUCUCUUNUCACAUCGGCUUACAUGUUCACCAAGGGCGUGACUUUCGGUGUCGGCUUUGGCUUCUUUGGCGACCCCGUAAUCCAGCCUGGUCUGCGCUGGCUCAACCGCACGUUCCNNCCCCACUGGCAGAGAUUGCUUGAGAUUCGCAACACCUUGCUCAAGGGUGUCCCCACAAAUGCUCAGCUCACUAUCACUCUUCUUCGCAUUGGCGAAACGAACAAAGCUCCUCUUCCCCCUCCGCCCCAUAACAAGGAGCCUACACCGGAGGUGCCGACUGAAGUCACCGACGAGCAGCUGCGUGCGACUGGUGCCGAUUGGCCUUUGAAUGCGACCCAGGAAGAAUUGGAUGAAGCCAUAGCACACGACCCUACGACUGCUCACGAAACCUCUGGUGCUGAUAUCGAUCAUAGCAAGGACAGCAAGCACGGCAAANAGGGCCACAAACUCAUAUCAUUAUUCAAGAGCACUGUCAAAGGUACUGUCGAGACCGCACUUGGUGCCGACAAGCUUAAGGCAAAGGCGGGAAGUGAGCCCUCCAAGCAACGUCUGGGCGCGAUACCCAAGACGAAGGAUUACAACGUCGAUGGCCCGGUCGAUUUUGCUUGUCGUUACCACGGAAAGAAGGGCCACACCGUCAUCUCCAGCAGAUCGGCCGUUCCUUGUGUAGCAUUCACUCUGGAUAAGAAGGUCGCCGAAUUGGGAUCGCUUGGGCGCGAGGAAGAAUUGCAUCCUGUCUGGACCGUUCCGAUCGCGGACAUCAAAGAGUUAAAGAAGGUCGGCGGACUUGGAUGGAAGGCAAAGCUGGUUGUAGGAUGGGCACUCGAUCGUGAAGUCGCUGAUGGCAUGGAGAUUGUGAGCAAGACUGGCGAGGUCUUCACCGUCACUGCCAUGUUCCUCAGAGACGAGCUGUUCAACCGACUCGUCGCCAUGGGCGGCCAAAAAUGGGAAGCUUGGUGA